GAGGAGGAGGAGGAGGCAGAGGCAGCCAUGGAGAGCAGCAUGAAGCAGGUGGUGCUUGAAGAGGAGGACCCGGGGAACGGCUGCUGCUGCCCAGGCUGCUGCUUGCCCUGCGCCACGUGCUGCGCCAAAUGCUGCACCAGAUGCAGCUUGUGCUGCGCCAAAUGCUGCACCAGAUGCAGCUUGUGCUGCGCCAAAUGCUGCUGCCUGCCCAAGUGCUGCAAGUGCCCCAAGUGCCCCACGUGCCCCAAGUGUCCUGGCUGCGGCAGCUGCUCCGGCUGCCUCAAGAAGUCCCUGUGCUUCGUCCCGCGGCUGCUCUGCUACCUGCCUCGCAAGCUCCUGAGCUGCGGCCGCCUCCGCUGCCUGCUCAUCGUGGUGGUCGUGCUGGUCCUGCUGGCGGUCAUCAUCGCCGGCGCCCUGCUGAUGUGGCUGAGCGUUGACCGGCGCCACGCCGACACCGUCCUGCGGGGCGAGCUGUGGGCUGGACCGGCCUGGGAAGAGGACGCGGUCACUUUCUACCUGGACAGCGGGGACGGGAACGCGGCCACGGUCAUCUAUGAUUACAAGAAUCUGCUGGUGAGCUACAGGGCCCGGCUGCACCGCGCCUGCUACGUGACCCGCGUGGACAAGGACAACAUCCCGGGGCUGGACACCGUGGUCGAGACCUUCCAGCGCCGGCAGGCUGAGGACAAGAUCUCCGUGCCCCUGGCUGACCGCUCCCUCCUGGGCACCACGGCGGGCAUCCUGUGCAGCCUCCUCCCUGUUUACUGGGCUUAGCCCCGCGGGGUGAGUCCGCAGGGUGGGCAGGGGGGGCUGCGGGACCCCCGCCCCCCCGGCAGCACCCUCACAGCGCCAGCUUUGCCUUGCAGCACCCCCGACGGGCACAGCCCCGCUGGGAGCAUCGGGGGCUCCUCCGCGGCCGCCCCCGCGCCGCCCACCCCGAUUUUGGGGUGCGGGGGGUGAGGAGGGGUCGGGGGUCGGCGCUGGGGGGGCUGCGGGCGUGGGGCCGGGGGCGGGGCGGGGGUGUCUGCGCUGUGCCGGGGGACAGCUGGUUUGUCACUUAAGUCUUCUCAGCUUCGCCAAACCCAAGUGCAAAAAUGAGCUUAAAAAAACAUGACAUUU